GUAAUAUUUUUACAGAUACGAACGACAAGGAAAGUGGCAAUGUGGCCUGUGGGCUUAUGUACAAAGUUUGGCCUGAGCACACCCAUUGUGGCGAAUGGAACAUUUAAAGGAUUUUAUGAUGGCUGGGUGGCAGGCAGAAAAUUUCCUGUCGAUAUGGCUGGCUUUGCAGUCAGUGUUGAGUUCCUUUUAAAAAGACCAAAAGCAUCAAUGCCAUAUAAACCUGGGUACGAAGAGGAUGGGUUCCUCAAAAGUCUAGCUCCUUUUGAGCCUAGUGAAAUUGAAUUGAAAGCCCAGAAUUGCACCAAGUUAUUGGUAUGGCAUACUCAGACGAAGAGCAAUGCAGCGUCAGCUGCUCUAGACCUGACCAAAUAUAACAACACCAAUUUGGUGCUGCUAAAACAACAAAUUGUGUAGUUUAUCAUACACGAUAUGACACUAAGUGCCAUCCUAAUUUAAGGGACCUGUGAUAAUUGAUGAACUGUUUUUUAGUCAAAUGCAUUUAUGCAGGGUAAUUUAUAACUUCCACUCAGUUUCUAGUUCAAACACACUUCAUUUAGUGGGCACUUGAAAGCUGAUGAAUUCACCAUUUUCAGCAAUACUUUCCUGCCUUGUACAUUGUUAAGUUAUUUAAUCAUACAUCUGUCUCAUACACUACACUUACAAUACCUACUUGUUACUGUCUUAUUGCACUGACAAAAUCCUAUUAUAUCAAUUUAUAGUGAAAUUUCCCAAGUUCCAGUAAAAGAAUAUGCCAAACAUUUUCAUCUGUAUAAAGAAUAUAUUUUGAAUCAUUAUUUAAUUCUUGAUAGAUUUUUGCAUAAAAUAUUUCUCAGAAAUAUGUCAAGCAGAAAUUUAAUUAAAUAUGUGUUCUGGCUACCCAGAAAAAAUGCAUCGGAUAAGAAUAUUUGUGAAGAUUAGCAAAACUUCACAUAACUGCUGACAAUUUCAAACUGCAAAUAUUCCUCCAAUGUGCAUUGUUCUACAAAGCAGAACAAUUGCUCACAGAAUGUAAUUUCAUGUAAAAUUUUCAUAACAAUUUGCUGCAAAUGUAUGAGGUUUCCACUUAAAUACUCUUAAUUUAUUUGAUUGUUUAUUAAAUGUUCAUAAGAUUUAUUUAUCAUUGCAUGUACCUUAUUGCACACAUCACGCCAAAAUAUUUUUUCUGUUUUAUUAAGAUGUAAAAUUUCGCCCUGAAGAUCUUAUAUCAAUGAGAGAAACAUAAAAUUUAUGUUUCAGAACAGCUCUUUAAAUAUUUUAGAUUUAAGAUAAAAACUCAUUAGCUCAUCUUACACAUAGAUAACUUUAUAUACCAAAAUGCUGUAUAAUGUACAAAAUGCAUAUGUGAUAAAAAUAAAUAUUUACUACAUCUCCACACAAAAAUAUCUCUUUUGCUACUUGAACACACAAUUCACCAAUUUUCUAUUCUUUAGUGUCAGAGUCCUUACUAGCUUUAGUUCUAUUUAGUACACAAAUGUAGUCAACAAUCUGUAAUUCUUCAGACAAUCAUUCCUUAGUUACCAUGUGUACAUUCCUUAGAAAAUACUCGUAAUAAUUAUUAUUAAGCUGCUUCCAAAGGAAGUAUCAAAAUCUCAUCAUGACCUUUUGGGCUGUAAAUAAAUUUAAUCAGUGCUUUAGCUAUUUUAAUUUUGUGUACAUUUAAAUCCUGUUUAUAUGAAGAAUACAAACAUAUUUUUUAUUCUACAAAAAAGUGUUUAACUUUGUAAGAAAAUAUUGCAAAGGAAGAAAUGUUAUGACGUAAAUACUAAAACUAAUUCAAGAAAAUAAUAAAAAUACUUAAGGCUAUAAAACUUGAAAACUACUUAUAGCAGUUCUGAAAAUUACAAUUCACCUGAUGCAUUUCCCACUUACUUUUUGUAAAAACAAAUUUAUUAUAAGUAACGUGAAUAAAAAUUAUGAGAAUUGAUAAAUGCAUUUGAACUUAAGUAGAAUGUAUUAUAUAAAAUACUGUAGUGGAAUAAGGAGACAUUUUAAUGCAAAGAACGUUUUAUCUUCUUCUAACAUUUUAAAGACUAAGUUCUGUGUUGUUUUGUGGUCAGUCUUUGUAUGGAUAUAUUUGUAAAUUUUUUUUUUUAUUUCUCUAUCAAUAUUUCAAAGAGAUAGUCUUUUAAUCAAUUAAUGUUUACUAAAAUGUGCAAAAUUCUGAAUUUCUGAAAAUUCACAUGCUGUUAGAAAUCUGAUGGACAGUUCAAUUUAAACUUCAUUUUGCAGAAUGAUUUUUAAGAAGCGAUAGUUAAGCAGGAUGCCUUAUUCAAAGAAUAAGGUGGAUCCAAGAGGGAAGGACAUUAUUUUUAAGGCACAUUAUAUAGUUCUCAAAUACUUUUAUAAAAUGGAUGUUUGCAUCCAAAGGAUAUUUAUGGCACUGAUAAUAGUUCAGGCUUUGUAAAGAAGAAGCACCAAGGAAAUGAAUACAAAAUAGCCAGAGGAAAUUUUAUUAUAGUAAGAUUUUAAAUGAAAUGAGUGGUGCUACAACAGCACAUUCAUUUUUCAUGUAAUUUAUAAAAGUUACAUAGUAUUAUAAUUUUUCAACUUCAAUGCAAUUUACCUUUAUGCCAUUACUUGAAAAAAUCCUAAGCAACCUGACAAAGAGAUGUUCAAAAAACUACAUGACUUUUAUGAAUUGAAAAUUCAAAAGUUUCAAUAAAAAUGCCAUUGUGCCAUUGACUUGAAUGUAUUGUUCACUAUUAUUAUUAUUAUUAUGUUAAAAAUUUUAACAAAGAAAAAGUAAAUUAAUAAUCAAAAAUUUACCCAGGCUGAGAUUUGAACCCAAAUGCUAGAAUUGACAUAACAGCAAUUUAGGAUCAUAUGAUCUAUUAACUACACUAUUAUAUUAUUUACAUUUCAUUAUCAUAUUUCAUUACACAACAAUGUUAAGAUGAAUUCUUAAUGUUGCCGUGAUUCUUGCUCAUUAUAAUUCACAAUUCCACAAAAGCUACUAAUAUUUUUAAACUGUGUAAUUAAAU